UUUGUUGAAUACGUUCCAAUGUGUGCCGAAUGAGUACGCAUUGUUUUAUUAUAAUUAAUUUUCGGUGAAAAAAAAGUGUCAAAAUAUUGUGAGAAAUAUAUUAUAAUUUUUCCAAAGUACCUGUGAUUGUGUUUUAAGUUGAAUCUGAUAAUUGUCGCUCUUAGUGACAUACGCUCUCUUACGAAUACACACAAAUUCACACUCGACAAACGUCAAGUUAUUAGCAAAUAAACAUACAUAUAUAAUUUGACUGCAAAUAAAAGUGAACAACAUGCGACUGCCAACGCUUAGUAUGCUCACGGCUUUUCGCCAAACACUAUUGCAACAAGUACAAAAUACAAGUGUCACCACACCACUUCUACUACAACAAUAUCGUCUGAAGCAUAGUGAUAGCAGUAAAAUGGUUUCGCCGGCGCCUUUUACAAAAGAUUUCUUCUUCCGUCAGCUCUUCGAUGAGGGCACCUGGACCUACACUUAUCUCCUAGCCGAUUUGAAUACCAGAGAAGCCGUAAUUAUUGAUCCAGUGCUGGAGAUGGCGAAACGCGAUGCAACUCUGGUGAAGGAACUGGGUUUCACUCUAAAAUAUGCUUUGAACACACACAUGCACGCGGAUCACAUCACCGGCAGCGGUUGGUUGAAACAAUUGUUGCCCGGCAGCAAAUCGGUGAUUGCCAAAGCGAGCGGUGCCAAAGCAGAUAUACACCUUAAUGAAGGAGAUCCCGUUACAUUCGGACGUCAUCGCAUCGAUACAUUGGCCACACCGGGACACACCAAUGGCUGUAUGUCGUUUGUGAUACAUGAACAGGGUUGCAUUUUCACUGGUGACACUGUGCUCAUACGCGGUUGUGGACGUACCGAUUUUCAAGAAGGUGAUGCCGGGCACUUGUACGAAAAUGUGCAUAGUAAAAUAUUUACAUUGCCAGAUAGUUUUCGCAUCUAUCCAGCGCAUGAUUACAAAGGCACAAUGGAAAGCAGCGUUUGGGAGGAGAAAACCUAUAAUCCACGCUUGACCAAAACCAAGGAGGAAUUUAUUGAAAUCAUGAAUAACUUGAAUUUGCCUUAUCCCAAGAAAAUCGAUGUUUCUCUGCCAGCAAAUCGUGAAUGUGGCGUCUAUGAUAUUCCCAAGGAAUAAGCUGUCUUGAUUCUUCUAAAAAGCAAACUGUGUUUCAAAUCGCUGCUCAAAUGUGGUACUACUUUUCUAAAAAGCGGAAAACCACCGAGUCAUGGUAGACUCAAGUAAUAUGUAGAGCCUUGCUGUUAGUUAUACGGCAAGCUUUGUAAACGUGUCUUCAAAAAUAAAUAAUUUGAUAUCUACAAUAUUGUAAUAAUACGCUGAAAUGUAUUUUAAAUAAAAUUGCAAAAUUAUUUGCUCAAA